CGUAUCCGGGCUAGUGUUAAUAAUUAUCCGGGAUGUCCAAAUAUAUACACAUACGGGCUUUUCAGAUUAGUUUCAACCCCUAGAGACAACAUGGGAGCUCUGCUGGGAAGAUUUAGGAAGAAAAUAUCAAACAAAGACGUUCUAGAGCAAAUAACGAGAGAUAUCAAGUCAACAGAAACGAGUCGUCUGCGAGCAGAGUAUCUCCGCAGCAGGACGAUUAUCUACCUCAUCCUGUUGUCGUUCGUCUUCUACUUGCUUGCGGCUCUCUUCUAUUUUUAUCACUUUCCAAAGGACUUGCCCGAGAGGCUUAUCUUUGUGAUGCCGUUAAUCGUGUUUCCUCUAGUCAUUCAUGUAGUGAAGAAGGUGCUGCACUACGUGUUCGUACAACGAAUCAAUCGUAACGAGUUGAAAUUGAGAGAGCUGUAUGAGAAGAAAACUAAAGUGUUGGACAAAGUCAAAGAAAACGAAACAUAUAAAGUCGCUCAAGAAAUUCUUGAGAAGUACGACCCGGACUACAUAAAAGCUCAACAACAAGCCAAACGGCAGUCACGAGAGCAGAAAGAAGGCACAGAGUUGCGGCAACGUCGCGUUGAGUCACCUCAUGUCGGUCAAAGACCUCGCCUACAGCCACAUCCGGUCACAACGCCCACACCACAACCAGUCAGUUCGUCUCCACUUGUCCAUCAGGUGCAGCAUGUUCAAUACCAGCCGAUGGUCCAGCGGACGCCUGAGAUACCACCGCAGCAAAUGGAGUUGACUGGUAGGGAACGUGGAGUGGCGAAGGACAAUGGAGUGGUGAGACGUUUGGAGGGAAGUGACAUGCACUUGCCACAGCAACAGAUUGUGCAUCUGUUGCCGGGUUACGUGUCUAGACCAGCACCCGGUCCUCCAGUCCAGUGCCCUAUUCUUCCUAGAGAGAGAACAGCUGUUGACAAGGUUGUUGAGUAUUUGGUUGGUGAUGGGCCAAACAACCGAUUCGCCCUCAUCUGCAAACAAUGCCACUCGCACAAUGGCAUGGCUCUUCCUGAUGAAUUCGAAUAUCUAAGUUUUCGUUGUGCCUACUGCUACGUAAUGAAUCCAGCACACAAACAGAAACCCAAUCUCACAACAGAAACUUCCACACCCGCACACCCUGCUUCACCCACAGCACCAACAACACAAACAACACCAACAACACAAACAAUACGAACAACACCAACAACACAAACACAAACAAACACAAACACCAAUGAUGACGACACCCAAGAUACCAACAAUCGUGAACCACAGCAACAAGACGUCAAUAAUGAACACGACGCGAGCAACGUACCUCAACAGAGCGAUACACAAGAGGACAAACCUGAUGAGUAACAAAUAGUGUAGAAACGUGGUGUUGGAGCUCAAUGCUUUAGUGUCUGCAGACAAAGACAGGAAUGUAAAUGUUGAUUUCUGUCGCCAUCCAGAAUGACUGACAGUAUGCAUGCAUCGUUUAUUUUCAUAUUACCAUGUAAGUGUUAGGCACACAUGCCAUAGUGUGUGUGCAAAUAAAUGAUUGCUGAAAUGAACAGUUUGUGGGCGUACGAUGUUGUUUAGUAAAGGAAGUUUUGAGUGCGGUCGUCUUGCUAUGUAUUCAAUAAUUUGAUGCUAUAUAGUUGAUUGUCAUGAAGAAGACUCUCAGGAAAAGAAUAUCCGUGUGUCU